GGCAGCAGUGCACCUGCAGCGCAAACGGAGCUGAACUGAAGUUAACGGGCUCUGUGUCGGGAUUAUUCCGAAAACCAUGGAUUAUAGUCACAGUUUCGUGUUUUCUUGUGACAUUAUGUCUCGGUUCCGGGUGACAGGGUGUUUUAGGAAGCCGUCGCUAGAUAACCAUAUCAGUUAACCCGCUUUGUAUCACCGAGUUGCCAUGGAGACCGAGGAUUAACUUUAGCUAGCUAGCUAACCGAGCUAACCUCACCGGCCUCAGCAACCCGAACCAGGAUCCUGUCUUGCUGUCGGGUCCAGAGAUGGAGGAGGAGAAGGAGGAGAAGGAGGAGAAAGAUGAAGGAGGAGGAGACUCACAGGAGAACAGAGGUGUCAGGUACAUCACAGAGGAGCUGCUGCUGAGGUUGACUGGGCUUCAGUCUCUGGCUCUGGUUCGCUGUGUGAACCUGUCGCCCUCACCUGGAGACAGACACAUCAAGUUCAUAGAGAACCUUCAUGGCUGUCAGCGGCUGCAGGUUCUCAACCUGAACCACAACAUCAUCCAGAGGAUAGAGAGACUGAACUCGCUGAGCAAGCUCCGAGAGCUGCACCUGGCCCACAACAGCAUCCAGAGGAUUGAGGGACUGGAGCACAUGUCCUGUCUGCAGUAUCUCAACCUGUCCCAUAACAGGAUCGAACACGUCCCCCUGUGGCUGGGCAGGAAACUGCACUCACUGCACACACUCCACCUGCAGCACAACCACAUCACAUCACUGUUGGAGCUGUCCAGACUGCGCCCUCUGAGCAGCCUAUCAGAGCUUUCCGUGUCAGGAAACCCCGCCUCCUCUCUGCCCCACUCCCGCCUCUUCCUGCUGUACCACCUCAGGACUCUGGAUCGGCUGGAUGAGCUGUCAAUCACCGAGGAGGAGAGAGGCCACGCCCACCAGCGCUUCCACACCGAGGAGCUGCAGCGCCUGCAGAGGGAGGUGGACAGCAGCCAAUCAGAGCUGAGCCAGCUGCGGCGCGAGCAGCAGGCCGCAGUGACACGACUGCUCCAGCAGGAGGAGACAAACCUGACGCUGAGGGCACAGACACACACACAGCGACACACACACACGCUGCUGGAGCAGGAGCUGCACACCAAGACCCAGCUGCUGUUUUCCAGAGCUUUCCUGUCCUCUUGCCCCUCUGUGGUUUCCUCUCUGCUCAAGGCAGAGUCACAAAACACAGACAGACUGACAGACCCCCCCCGACCCGAGGCUCUGCAGGGGGCCGGCCGCCAGCUGAAGCAGAAGACAGCAGAGUUGACCAGAGCCUGUCAGAGGCAGUACGAGCUGGAACAGGAGCUGACUUUCUACAAGAUAGAUGUCAAGUUCAGCCCUCUGCCCUACCAUGCACAGGAGCAGGAGGUCGAUGCCGUGGCUGAGAGUCCGUACAUCGGCAAGGCUCGCCACACCAGGAGCCCUGCCUCCCCUGCAGCCCUGCAGCAGCGGGCAGAGGAGCCGGCACGCCCCCUGCUGGAGGAGUGCAGGGCGCAGCAGACUGAAGCGCAGGCUCAUCUCGUGCAGUUAAACAGUCAGAUAGAGGAGUCAGAGAAACAGCUGGCAGCCGAGCUCACACUGCUGCAAGAAAUCAAGACACACAGACGGCAGGAGGUGUUGUGUCGUCUCCUCAGUAAAGUGUCCCUGCUGGAGGAGCUGAGAGCGCUGAGCAGUGAGACUCACAGACAGAUGGACAGACAGGCAGAGGAGCGCAGACAGACAGAGAGAGAGACACAAGAGCUGCAGACACACCUGGAGACGCUGCAAAGAGACCACCCCCAGCAUGCCCAUGUGACCACUCAACUGGCCGAUCGGAAGCAGCUGCUGGCCACGAUGAGCGAGAAGCAGCUCGAGCUGGAAGGUCGCCUUGACGACAUGCUGUCACGCAUCGCCAUGGAGACGCAGGAGAUCAAAGAGCUGGAGCAACAGCUGACUGACGGUCAGAUUCUGGCCAACGAAGCUCUGCAGAGAGAUUUACAGGGAAUCAUCUGUGGCCUGCAGGAGUAUCUGGGAGGACUCCGAGACCAGGCUCGCCGGGCUCAGCUGCAGGCCCAGAGUCUGCAGGCCGACAACCACGUGCUGCAGCGCCAACUAGAGGAUGCGUACACACACUGCAGGCAGCUGGAGGAGGCCACCAGCACACACACACAGGAGCUGCUGACUCAGCAGCAGCAGGUGUGUGUGCUGCAGAGGGAGAACGAGGCUCUGAGAGACAGACAGGCAGAGAGCAGCAGACAGCUCGCACUCACACAGGAUGAAAGGUCUUCUCUCCAGCAGGAAGUCCAGAACCUUCAGGCCCAGUUGAACCAGACCAAAACCCAGUUACACCAAACCAAGACCUGCUUUAAAGAGACCAGGACUCAGCUGGAGCAGAGCCGGUCCUCCAUGUUGGAUCCGGAGGAGGUCCGGGUUCAGCUGCAGCGGCUGUGUGAGCUGGUCUCCUCGGGGCAGGACAGCUUCAGUCCUGUAGGUGCAGACCAGCCUCUGGCCAGCAGGUGGCAGCAGCUGCACACACACAUCCAGCAGAGCAGACACACACACUCCAGGCUGCAGGCCCAGCUGGCACAGAGCCAGGCCCAGGUCGCCCAGCUCAGCACCGAGCUGGCACAGGAGCAGGGGCGCACCGCCCGCCUGCAGGCCGAGGUGGACCGGGACCCAGAGCAGGGGCAGGAGCAGGACUGGGACCGGGACCGGGAGCGGGACCAAGACCCGGAGCAGGAGCAGGACUGGGACCAGGACCUGGACCCAGAGCGGGACCUGGACCCGGAGCAGGAGAAGGACCGGGAGCAGGAGCAGGAGGAGCAGCGGAGGCUGAGGUCGGAGCUGCACAGACUGUCAGAGAGGCUGCAGAGCUCCCAGAGGCAGAGCAGACACAUUCAGCACAACCUGGAGGCGGAGCUUCUGCAGAGGCAACUGCAGCUGCAGGACGUCGUGGAGGAGAGGGACAUACUGCUGGCCCAGCUGCGCUCAGAGGGCGAGGCUCACCGCAGGGCCCGGGGCCGCCUGGACAGGAAGCUACGGCAGCUCAGCAGGGCCACAAGGGACUCAGACCGCCUCACCGCCGAGCACAUCACCUCUGCUGCUGAACAGCUGAGAGCUCUGCACGCCACCGUGGACAGGCUGGACGCACUGAGGACACAGGACAAGGUGAACAUUGUGGACGAGCCGGACGGCAGCUUCCUCCAAGCAGAGCUGCAGCACAGCCUGGAGAGAGAGGAGGAACACACACACACACUGCAGCAUCAGCACACACACUCUCUGCAGGACCAACACACACACACUGUGGAGGAGCCCGGAGCAGAGCGGCACACACACACACACACGCACACACACCGAGGCAGCAGCGCACCUGGAGGAGGAGACAGAGGCCAGUGGUUCUACAUCCCACCUGGACACAGUGCUGUCAGUCUGGGCUCUCUGGGGACUCAUGACUCUGGUUUGGGGCUGCAGUACCUCAGUUCUCCUGAAAGGGGGCGACACCGAGAGAGACCACCCACAGGAGGGGGGUACUGGGUGUACGUCCCCCCGACACACACCAGCUCUGACACAGCAGGCUGGCGGGACAGUGGAGGAGGCAGUGAGGCAGACAGCAGCUCCCCUCCUGUCCCGGGACCCUCCUCCUCCUCCUCGCCUGCAGCGGCCUGGCUGCUGUGUGGCUGUCCUGCAGCAGGGGGCGCUGUACUGCACUGCAACAUCCCUGAGCACAGACACAGGCACACAGAGGUGUGUGUCCAUUCAGAGACACAGAGAGCAGCAGAGAGACUGGAAGACGAGAGGAGGAAGCUGGAAACCAAACAUCUGAGACGACACAGGAGUGUUGUGGUGUGUGAUGAGGUGGAGUGUGUAGAGAAAACUCUGCUGAAGAGGAGAGCUGAGCUGAGACAGGCAGACAGACUGCUGCUGGAGGCACACAGCUGCAUACACACUGCCAGAGACAAGGCCAGCUCAGUGCGGCAGCAGCUGUGGAGCAGCCAGUGGGAGGUGGAGGAGUUGGAGCGCAGAACGCAGCACAGCGCCUCCUGCCUGCUGCAGAGCACACUGCACCUCAGAGAGACGCAGGAGGAGCUGCAGCAGCUCCACAAGGACACACACACUGCUGCAGACCGACUGGCUGACCUGCAGUCAGCCUGUGAGGAGGCACAGAAGCGUCUGGACAAUCUCAACAGUCAGGUGGAGCUACAGGAGCAGAAGCUGCUGCAGAGGAGAGAGGAGGAGCAGACUGCACUGGACCGACUGGAGGAGCUGCAGAGCCUGAGGAGCACAGCCCAGGAGCUGUGUGAGCAGCAGGAGGCGCUGCUGUCUAACAGGAGCUGUACAGUCUCUGCUGUCAGGGAGGAGGUGCAGAGAGAGGAGCAGAGCCUCCUCACACUCCGCUCUGAGCUCAGCUCACACAGAGCAGAGCUGAAACAGCUCCUGGAGCAGCUGCUUGCCGAGCAGCAGGCUUUGGAGGGAGUGAAAACCAAACUGGCCCACGGUCGCCAGCGGCUCCACAGGAGGCAGGUGGAGCUGGACAGGAAACAGGAGGAGGUGACGGCGCUGCACCAGGACAUCAGUUCCCACAGAAAAGAGGCGGAGUUUUGUCAGAAAGAGGCGGAGCAACAGCGAGCAGAGCUGCAGGAGCUGCAGCAGGAGUCAGAGCGGAGGAGGGCGGAGCUUCAGGAGGAGAUGGACAGGAGGAGGGCGGAGCUUCAGGAGGAGAUGGACAGGAGGAGGGCGGAGCUUCAGGAGGAGAUGGACAGGAGAAGGGCGGAGCUACAGGAGUUAAAGCAGAAGAAGGUGAAGCUUGAAGCAGCGACAAAGCAGAAGCGGGCGGAGCUUGAGGCAGAGACAGAGCGCAGGCGGGCGGAGCUUGAGGCGGAGACAGAGCGCAGGCGGGCGGAGCUUGAGGAGGCUCUGAGCAGCAGCAGGGAGCAGAGCGGCCGGCUGCAGCAGCAGUGUAAACACCUGGAGGCCAGGAGGAGGCACGCCCACAGGUGUCUGUCAGCAGUGGAGGCGGAGCUUGCCAGACUGAAGGAGGAGCGGAGCCACGCCCAGCUCCUCAAACAGGAAGCAGUCAGAGACACAGCAGCCACUCAGGAGCAGCUAAACGAGAACUCGGAGCUGCUGUCUCUGCUCAGUGAACAGGUGGAGGAGAGGAAGAAACACCUGCAGGCUCUGGAACAGAGGCUGUGUAUGUCCAGUCAGCAGAAGGCAGACCAGCUGGAGGAGCUGCAGCAGCAGAUGGAGCACAAGCAGGAGCUGGAGGCUGCAGUGACUCAGUUGGAGGACAGGGGGCGCCACCUCACCGCUCAGCAGCAGCAGCUGGACCAGCUCAACCAGGAGCUGCAGAGGAAACAGGCAGAGCUGAAGCAGCAGGGGGAGGAGCUACAGCAAAAAGAGGCGGGGCUACAACACAAAGAGAGCAAAGUGAGUCAGAGAGAGGAGGAGCUACAGGUGAAAGAGGCGGAGCUACGCGUAAAAGAGGAGGAGCUCCUCUGGGAAAAGAAGGAGCUGCAUAAGAGAGAGGAGGUCGACAGCCCCCCUGAACACGGGGAGACGUCAGAGGAGGAAGAGGAGUCCUUCUACCUGUCCACAGCUGCUCUGAGAUCAGCCAUCAGCUCUGAGGAGGAGUGCUGGAGAGCUGAGCUGCAGGUGGAGGAGCUGAGGCAGCAGGAGGACCAGCUGAAGGCCCGGCUGCGCUGCAGGCUGUGGGCUCAGCAGGAGAACAUGCAGCAGAGCCGACUGGAGGCCGAGGAGCUGAAACACAGAGUGGAGCAGCUGGACACACUGCUCACACACACACUGACACACUGACGUGUCAGUGUGUGUGUGUGUGUGUGUGUGUGUGUGUAAGGCUCAUACCUCAGGAAAGGAAAGUGGAUGACGGUAUAAAUGAUGUCAUCAGGAGGCGUGUCCUCUGUGCUUCAUCAGUUUUUUUUCUGCUUUGAUCCGGGACGGGACUCACCGACACACACACACACACACACACACACACACACUUUCUCUCCUGUGGAGGAGGCACUAUAAUGCAGGCUCUAUAUGACACUGGCACACACACACACACACACACACACACUCUUCAGUAUAACCUUGUCGUCUUUGCUGAAGCACGACAGCCCAAAUCCUGUCCCACACUCAUCUCCCAGGUCACCUCUCACCUGUUGUCAUGACUACACAGUCUGGAGGGCAGGCAGAGGGUCGUGACCUCCUCUCACCAGGUGUGAUCCUCAGGUGAGGCGUCACAUCUGAUGGAACUGCCAGCUGACGAUGAAAACGACCCGUUUGAGGACUGAACAGAAGCAGAACCUCCCCUCGUGGUCCGGAGCUCCACCUCCCAUCACCUUUCUCCUCUCACCUUUUUUUUUUUUUUUUUUAAAUUAAAUGCAACUUCUUCUUUGUGUUUCCACCUUCUGCCCACGUGAAAUAUCAUUUUUGGUCACUGAAAAUGUUUUGAAAGCGCUGUUCCUCCUCCUCCUCCUCCUCCUCCUCCUCCUCCGGCCACAGAAACCACUCAGCCUUGUCUUCCUGUCCGUUCGGACGCCGCUCACACAUUUUGAAGCUGAUUGGCUAAACUCUGGGAUGUCAAAGAAAAAAACGGCGCUUCUCUGCACACACUCACAUACAGAAGACACACGAGAUGUUUGGAAAUGUUCCCCUGGACAGUUUUUUUUGUUUUGUUGUUGUUUUGAUUCAUCCUCCACCAGAGAACAAUGCAAUCUAAAAAAAAUAUAAUCUGUAUCUGUUGAUGUGUUCUGAGUCAGAGGAGCAGCGCUGUUUUGUCUGAGCACUGAGUUUGUCCUGAAAUGGACACCGUACUUUAGAAUCAGUUCAGACGGCCAGCAUUGAUCAGUGUCAAUCAAUCAAACUGCAUCUUAUCAGAAUGGAGCAGAUCAGUGACAAAACACACACACACACACACACACACAGUUCAUAAACUCAUUGCAGAGGCUGAGGCUGUGAGAUGAAAUGUGAUAUCAGACACGCUGAGAUGCACUGAGCUUUAUUUUAUACACGCGGUGCUUUUUGUAAAACAACAAAAAACUAUUUACAGCUGGUUUGAGAUUAUAUUUUUAUACGUCUGCUAUGCGAGAUGCCACGUUCACGCUUGGUCGACUAAAUGAGAAUCUCUGAGUGAUGAACUUCAGGUCAUGUUUCUGCAGAAUGGAUGUUUGGAGUUUAGUAGAAAACCUGUUCCUCAGUCCCUGUGACUGAACUAACUGUUCACACUGAGCCUCACUGUGCUUUCAUAACUAAACUGCACUUUGUGCCACGUGGCUCUGAUUUUUAUAGCAUGAAGUCUGGUUUAUGAGCGCUUUGCUGCUGCUAAUAUGAAUCUAUAUUUGGUAUUAAUAAAAAUCAAUAUGCAAGUUU